CUUUGGACUCUCUCUUUAUUCCCUAUGUCACUUUUAUUUGAAACUUUAACCCACCCAACUUCACAUGCUCUUGCUAGAACAAUUUUCGAUCUCCAUCUCUCUCAAGUGCCUCCCUUUGUUUUGGUUAACCCUUUCGCCCCCUCCUGUAUCUCACCACUCUCGUUCUCAACCCACCCACUUUCUUUGCUCUUAUUUAGGUGAUUCUUUUCUUCCAAAUCAAACCAAUCGGCUUCUUUCUUGGUUCUUGUGCCUCAAUUGUCUCUCAACUCAAUUGGAGACAAUGUCACAAGGCUAUUCAAUUGAGCUUUACUUCGAUCCUGCGCUUGAAAACCAAGUUCUGAAGGCCUGGAAUGUAUUGGCUCGACGCCAAAUUAGUACUCAGCUAAUUGAAAUUGAAUCAAGACCUCACAUUACCCUCUUUUCUAGCCCGUUCAUUGACCCAUCGAAGCUCGAAAACAUUGUGAAAAGUCUUGCUUCAAAGCAAGAACCUUUGCCUUUGUCUUUCUCUUCAAUUGGAAGCCUCCCAAAUGACAACAAUGUUCUCUUUCUGGCCCCUACUCCAUCUCUGUCUCUUCUUCAAUUCCAUUUACAGUUGUGUGAAGCAAUGAAGAAGGACGGCAUUGAAAUUGGGGAGGAGUGUCGACCGGAUUCGUGGAUUCCUUAUUGUCCAGUUGCUGAAGAAGUGCCAAAGACUCGAAUGGCUGAGGCAUUUACUGUUCUACGGGACUUGAAGUUGCCAGUUACUGGGUAUGCAAUGGAUAUUGGGUUGGUCGAGUAUUCACCAGUCCGUGAACUCUUCUCUUUUGUGCUUGGUAAUGCAGUAGAACUUUGAUGUUCCUGAUUGUUCGUUCUAAUUAGGUUUGUCUUCUGGAUCCUUCAUCUUUGUCGUUAGUGAAAUGCAUUGUGCGUUGUAGAUGAUCAUAUCCUAUAAUAAUUAGUAACAAAUUCAGCCUUUAGUACUUGAAGUUGGUUGUUAUAUUUGCCUCAGGAUUAAAAUUUUUAUGUUGGUUAUGCUUCUACAAUGGCUUUAUUUACUGAAUACUGUAUUAGAAUGGGA